AGCUGCCCCAGUUUAUUUCGUGUGUUGAUUUAGUUAAUAUAUGUAUAUGAAAAAUUAACCGCUCGUUUUAAAUUGAAGUUUUUGUUUUUGUAAAAAAUAGUUAGCUGUCCGCAGAAGAAAGGCGUUAUUGCAUUCAUAUUCAGGCCCCGACCACGGUAUUUGUGUCUGGUACCCACCCGGUCAUCGGCAUGUGCCCCAAUCAGGGAGUCGAGCGUAGCCUCUUGCCCGACUGCCACAUUGCCAAUCGCGUGUUCAUGUACUCGGUACUGCACUCUUUGCAGUCCGAGGAGCGACGCAGCGAGGAGGUGGACGCUCAGUUACGUGAUCGCUAUGAGGUAUUCCGCCAGGUGCUGCACAACUUUCCCAUUCCGCUCCAUGCUAGGCCCGAGGGCACCUAUGACUAUGACUACGUGUAUGACGCACUGCAACAGCAGCGCCAGCGCCGACGACAAUUGUCCGGUGCGCAAAGCAGCACCUCCAUGGAGAACAAUGCCAGCGAGUCGAGUGCCAGCCUGUCGAGCAUCGUGUCCAGCGUGAGUUGUAGCUCCAGCUUGUCCGCCCGCUGUGAUUACUACGAAGACGCAGUGCGCAGUGCACUGGCCCAGCUGGGCGGCGGCAAUGGGGCAGCCCAGGACAAGGAGCUCAAGGAAGACGACCAAUUGCUGGACAGCGGCGAUGAAACAAACUGAGUGACAUACACUUAUCGGAUGUUAAAAACGUGUCCAUAGUAAAGUGUAAAUCAUUUCCAGCA